AACCUGCAUCUCAACUCAAAGAACAGGGUCUCAAACUGCCAUUAAAAAAAACACAAGGUCCAUUAACCACUUACACCAUAACCUUCAUCUUCUCAAGAUCUACAACCCUAAACCGCCCCACUGUUCACUACCACCCAAAAAUGCUGUCAAGAAUCACCCCCAAAUCCAUCCCUAUACUCCGCACCCUUUCCCACUCUCCACACACCUUCUGCACCCUCACCGAAUCCCAAUCCCAAACCCAAACCCAAAAGCUAGAAAGGAUCGCCGACGAGAUUCUCAGCCUCACAAAACUCGAAAGAAACGACUAUGCAAUCCUCAUGCGCUACAAAAUGGGGUUCAACAACUACGGCCCAUCUGUAGCUGGUCUGGGUUCGGUGGGCGGUGCCGGCGGCGGUGGCAGUGGAGCGGCGGCGGAAACGAAGGCGGCGGAGAAGGUGAUAUUUGAUGUGAAGUUAGAGAAGUAUGACGCGGCGACGAAGAUUAAGAUUAUUAAAGAGGUGAGAGGGUUUACGGAUUUGGGGUUGAAAGAGGCGAAAGAUUUGGUGGAGAAAGUGCCGAUUGUUGUGAAGAAAGGGAUUACGAAAGAUGAAGCGGAAGCGAUUAUGGCGAAGCUUAAGGAUUUAGGUGCUACUGUGUCGUUGGAAUGAGUUUGAUUUCUGGUACGCUAAUACUAGAUUAAUAAUAAUAUUUUUGGAAUUGUGUUGCUGUUUGUUUGCUUGAGGAUUGAUUGAUUCUGAAGCUCGAAGAGGGUGUAUACCUUAAGAACAUAGAAACAUUGCAUUUUAACCAAUCAGUUUUUUGUUCCUAUUCAUCUUGUUGGUUAUGAAAAGGAUCAUGUGUAUGGUUGUAACUGAUGAAUUGAAGAUUUUGAGCUUCCAACAAUUCAAAUCAUAUGCUAAUGCCCUCGUAAUUUUAGUGUAUUUGGCUA